AAGGAACUCAUUUUCCUCUCGAGGGUUUACGUCUGCGGUCGCAGUUCUCUGUCUAUGUAAGCCCAGUUACUGAAACCAGCAUUUCCUGCAAUUUCCCGGUCGAUCUCCGAUCAGUUUUUCCGGAAAAAAUCCCCUAGAAAAUUGAAUUGUCUGGAAAGGUUCCAUCAAGCUGAAUUUGCUUCAUUAUCCGUGUUUUCUUGGUGAGAUGAGAUGGCGUCUUCACAACCCUCACAUAACGUUGAGUUUGAGGCUGCAAAGUUUCUGCAGAAACUCAUUCAGGAUUCUAAAGACGAGCCAGCAAAAUUGGCUACAAAACUCUAUGUGAUAUUACAACACAUGAAAGCAAGUGGGAAGGAGCAUUCAAUGCCAUAUCAAGUAAUAUCAAGGGCCAUGGAGACUGUUAUCAACCAACAUGGUCUUGAUAUUGAGGCAUUGAUGUCAUCACGCCUUCCUUUGACAGGUGGAUCUCAAAUGGGGGAUUCUGCGGGAUCUUCACAGGCAGUUGGAGUUACAAAAGAUUCUAAAGUGGGUUUGGCUGAAAAUGAAAUAUCCAAAAUUGACCCAUUUGUUUCUAGCAGGCCACCUGUUGGCCCGAGUGGUGCUGGACAUGAUUAUUAUCAAGGAUCUGGAAUUCACAAGAACAGUCAGUCUUUUGAUCAUGAAAGCCCUUCUAGUUUGGACACUAGGUCUGCCAACUCUCAAUCCCAAGAAAGAGGGGUGAAUCAAAAGGAUGGAAAAAAGGCUGCUGCUAAGAGGAAAAGGGGUGAUUCGUCCUUUCCCUCAGAACCGCAUAUUGACAGCCCACAACAGCUUGAUGCUCGUAAUGCUGUUGUUAAUCAGAGGAAGGCCAAAACAAAUAAGAUUGAUUCACCAGGAGGUUUUCCAGCGAGGGGUAGUGAAAAUAACAAUUCUAUGGUUCCCAGUGGUGGCCAGCUGGAACUUUCUUCUUCUCAUGUGUCAGCAGGGCAACAACAAGGUGGUUCCCUACCUUCUCCUCAUGAAACUCUUUCUUCCAGGAGUGCAUGGAAUCAAAAUAAAACAGGGUUACCCCUUGAAAGAUCUCAAGUUCCCAGGUUUUCUUCUAAUUCUGUGCCUGGUAAUAUGACAGCGGAGAUUCCAGUGCAGCAGUCAAUGACUUCAUCUAUUGGAGCUGGUCAUAUUAGCAAGGUUCAUGGAGGUGUGCAUGUCACUUCUAGUUCAUACCCAAUGGGGGAGCUAGGAUUUUCAGGUCAAGCCCAUUUCAGUGGUUCUGAACUUCAGAAGCAUGGAUUAGCUAAAGGUGUGGAUGACUUGCCAGCAUCACUUUCCACUGUAAGGGUUUUGGAAAAUGAAGGAGGAAGUUCAAAUAUGUUUGGAGAUGUAAAGAUGAUUAUUCAGGGUGGCCGGCAAAACAGUAAUUCUGAAAUGACAAUGAUUAGACCAACAGUUCCCAGAGAUGUGGGAAAAUCUCCUGCUCCUCAGUCUAGCAAUCCUUUCAAGGAUCAACAAUUAAAACAGCUUAGGGCUCAAUGCCUCGUCUUUUUAGCAUUCAGAAAUGGUUUGGUGCCAAAGAAACUGCAUCUGGAGCUAGCACUUGGAAAUAUCUUUCCUAAAGAUGGUGGUAAUUCAGAUGGUCCUCGCAAAGAGCUGGUUGAUCAUAAAGGAAAGGCACAAUCUUCUCAUGAGCCAAGUAGCAUCCCUGAAGCUUCAAUGCAAUUUGGUAGGUUGAAUAACGUGAAGGAAAGUGAGGGAAUUCCUCCAGGUGCCUCUUCCGCUGGUAGAUUCUUGGAUGGCAACUUCUUGUCUAAAGAAGCUGAUAAAGUGAAAAUGAUGGAAGACAAAAGCGGUCCACCUUCAGACCUCACAGUACUUGCAGAAGAAAGGAAACAUCCUUUUGCUACUAGAAAACUGGAGGCUGAAGUGCAGAGCCUGGAAAAGGUGGAAUCACAGGCAUUGUUCAACACUGUGAAUGUGAUGCAGCCGCCUGAUUCAGCAAGGGCUUCUUUAGCCUCUCGUAACCCUGUGGACAGCACAGAGAAUGGCCAUCUGCAUGUAGGAAGGACUGACCUAGCUUCAUCUCUAAUGAGCAUAAAUAAACAAGUGAACCCUGAGGCAGUCAGCUGGACUGGAAUAGGCAGUCAUAAUGAAGUUUCUCGGGGAUCCUUACCAUCCAUUGCUGUUCAGCAUGAAUUGAUGCCUGACAGAAAAGAUAAUGGUCCUAGUCAUUUUCAAAGUCUUGGGAACAGCAGUGUUUCAGAACAAGAUGAUGAAGACAAGUCAGCUUCUACAGAUUCUCCACCUUCUCCAAAGUGUACCAUGUCCGAGAAGUGGAUCAUGGAUUAUCAGAAGAAGAGACUUUUAGCUGAGCGAAAUUGGGCUCUAAAACAGCAAAAGACAAAACAAAGAAUGGUCACUUGUUUUGACAAAUUAAAGGAAACAGUGAAUUCAUCUGAAGACAUAUCUGCAAAAACUAAAAGUGUUAUAGAAUUGAAAAAGCUUCAGUUAUUGGGGCUCCAACGCCGUUUAAGGAGUGAUUUUCUGAGUGAUUUUUUUAAGCCAAUCACUGCUGACAUGGAUCGUUUGAAAUCAUAUAAGAAACAUAAACAUGGUAGAAGGAUAAAACAACUUGAAAAAUUUGAGCUGAAAAUGAAGGAAGAACGACAAAAGAGGAUUCGUGAGAGGCAGAAGGAGUUCUUUGCUGAGAUAGAAGUUCACAAGGAAAGACUGGAUGAUGUAUUUAAGAUUAAGAGAGAACGCUGGAAGGGUUUCAAUAAGUAUGUGAAGGAGUUCCAUAAAAGGAAGGAGCGUAUCCAUCGGGAGAAGAUUGACAGAAUUCAGCGUGAGAAGAUUAAUUUAUUAAAGAUUAAUGAUGUAGAGGGGUAUCUGCGAAUGGUGCAGGAUGCAAAAUCGGAUCGUGUGAAGCAACUGCUGAAGGAGACUGAGAAAUAUCUUCAAAAGCUGGGAUCCAAGUUACAACAAGCAAAGCCUAUGGCAAGGCACUUUGAAAAUGAUAUGGAUGAAACACAAACUGCUACUGUUUUUGAGAAGAAUGAAACUGUUUUUGAGAAUGAAGAUGAAAGUGACCAAGCAAAGCAUUACAUGGAAAGCAAUGAGAAGUACUAUAUGAUGGCUCAUAGCAUAAAAGAGAGCAUUGCAGAGCAGCCGGCUUGUCUUCGGGGUGGAAAAUUAAGGGAGUACCAGAUGAAUGGAUUAAGAUGGUUGGUUUCAUUAUACAACAAUCAUUUGAAUGGCAUUCUUGCUGAUGAAAUGGGCCUUGGAAAAACUGUUCAGGUUAUCUCUCUUAUUUGUUACCUGAUGGAAACCAAAAAUGAUAGAGGCCCUUUCUUGGUGGUUGUACCUUCUUCAGUUCUACCAGGAUGGGAGUCAGAAAUCAAUUUCUGGGCCCCAGGUGUACAUAAAAUUGUUUAUUCUGGGCCUCCAGAGGAGAGGCGUAGGCUAUUCAAGGAACAAAUUGUGCAUCAGAAAUUCAACGUCCUUCUAACAACAUAUGAGUAUCUGAUGAACAAGCACGACAGACCAAAAUUGAGUAAAAUACAUUGGCAUUAUAUUAUAAUUGAUGAAGGUCAUCGCAUAAAGAAUGCUUCUUGCAAAUUGAAUGCCGACUUGAAACACUAUCAGAGUGCACACAGAUUGCUAUUAACUGGAACACCACUACAGAAUAAUCUUGAGGAAUUGUGGGCACUACUUAACUUUCUGUUGCCUAACAUUUUUAAUUCGUCAGAGGAUUUUUCUCAGUGGUUCAACAAACCAUUUCAGAGUAAUGGUGAUAAUUCACCUGAUGAAGCUUUACUAUCUGAAGAGGAGAAUUUGUUGAUCAUAAACCGUCUUCAUCAAGUUCUUCGGCCAUUUGUACUUCGUAGACUGAAACAUAAGGUUGAGAAUCAGCUGCCUGAAAAGAUAGAGAGACUUGUAAGGUGUGAUGCUUCUGCAUAUCAGAAGCUUUUGAUGAAGAGGGUAGAAGAAAAUCUUGGUUCAAUUGGAAACUCAAAGGCUCGGUCAGUGCACAACUCGGUUAUGGAACUCCGUAAUAUCUGCAACCAUCCAUAUCUUAGCCAGCUUCAUGUGGAUGAGGUUGAUAAUUUGAUACCUAAGCAUUUUCUACCACCAAUUAUUAGGCUUUGUGGAAAGCUCGAGAUGUUAGAUCGAUUACUUCCUAAACUGAAAGCAACAGACCAUAGGGUUCUUUUCUUUUCGACAAUGACUAGGCUGCUUGAUGUAAUGGAGGAGUAUCUCACAAUGAAGAAGUAUCGGUACCUCCGCUUGGAUGGUCAUACUUCGGGGAAUGAUCGUGGUUCCCUUAUUGAACAAUUUAACCAAACAGAUUCUCCCUAUUUUAUAUUUCUGCUCAGCAUUCGGGCUGGUGGCGUUGGAGUGAAUCUGCAAGCUGCUGAUACUGUGAUCAUAUUUGAUACUGACUGGAACCCUCAGGUGGAUCUUCAAGCACAAGCAAGGGCCCAUAGGAUUGGUCAGAAGAGGGAUGUGCUUGUUCUUCGAUUUGAAACUGUCCAAACCGUUGAAGAACAAGUCAGAGCUUCAGCUGAGCAUAAAUUGGGAGUUGCUAAUCAGAGCAUUACUGCUGGUUUCUUUGACAAUAAUACAAGUGCGGAAGACCGGAGGGAAUACUUGGAGGCGCUUCUACGGGAGUGUAAGAAAGAGGAAGCUGCCCCUGUAUUAGAUGAUGAUGCACUAAAUGAUUUAUUAGCCCGCAGUGAGUCAGAGAUUGAUGUGUUUGAAUUGGUUGACAAACAGAGAAGGGAAAAAGAGAUGGCAACAUGGAAGAGUUUGCUAUUGGGACAGGGGUUGAAUGCUACUGAGCCUCUACCACCCCUGCCUUCUCGCCUUGUAACAGAUGAUGACUUGAAAUCAUUCUAUGAAGUGAUGAAGUUGUAUGAUGUACCAAAGGCAGAGGUAGUAUCUAAUGUUGGGGUGAAGCGGAAGGGACAGAAGCUUGGGGGCCUUGAUACUCAGCAAUAUGGAAGGGGAAAACGAGCAAGAGAGGUGCGUUCCUAUGAAGAGCAAUGGACAGAAGAGGAAUUUGAAAAGAUGUGUCAGGUUGACUCUCCUGAAUCACCUAAAGUGAAGGAAGAAAUAAUAGAGAAGAACAUGCCAAAGGAUGCUAGUGUGCCUUUGGUGGCUAUUCAUACCACAGAAGCUCAGGCCAUACUCCCACCACUCCCUUCACCACAAUCUGUGGAGCCUCCACUGUUGCAACAAAGCAAAGAGGUUACUCCACCAUCAAAGCGGGGACGUGGAAGGCCGAGAAGAACAAUUUCAGAUAAAUCUCCAACUGCCAUGGCACUUCCAGCACCUUCUGGAAAUGGGAAAGUGGAUGUGGGGUUGCAGAAAAGGAUCGAGUCUAGCUCAUUAAAAUCCUUUGCUCCUAAUUCUUCAAUUGGUUCUUCUAAUUUAGGGGGAACUAGUGGAGUGACACCUCAAUCUAGUAUAGGGAUUACUCCUAGUCCUCAGCCUACAACCCCUUCAGUUUCUGUUACACCCAGUUCACAAUCUAUUCCUGUGGCAGUUGUCACAGCUGGCUCACAAUCUAGUUCUGCUGCUGUUGUCACACCUGUCUUGCAAUCUAUUCCUGCUGUUGUCACACCUGGCUUGCAAUCUAUUCCUGCUGCUGUUGUCACUCCUGGCUUGCAGUCUAUUCCUGCUACUGCUGUUAAACCUGGCUUACAAUCUAUUCCUGUUGCUGUCACACCUGGCUCACAACCUAUGCCUUCUGCUGUCACACCUGUGUCACAAUCUAUUCCUGCUGCUGUUGUCACACCUGUGUCACAAUCUAUUACUGCUGGCCCUUCUGCACCUAUCCAAUCAAGAGGACGAGGUCGGAAGGUUCAGAGUGGAGUACAAGCACCACGACGCAGGGGAAAGAAACAGGGGUCUAUACUGUCUGCUUCUGGGAAUUUAGCAGCUCCUGAUCCAAGUACAAAUGAACAAUCACAGACUAUAUCUGUUAAUCCAUUGCUUAGUGCAACAAGUGGAACCAUUUCUAGUGUUCCUGUUGCUCAUUGUCAUAGUAAUUUACCUGGCUCUGCUGCUGUAGAAGUUAUUAGUGGACCCAAUUAUUCUGUACCAGGGAUUGCUUUGGAUUCUAAGUCAGCUCCUCCUAUCUCUUCUAUCGCUCCUGCCGCUGAAUGCCUCCCUCCUGGCCCUUCAGCUCCUAUAAAAGGGCCAAGCAGCAAUGCUCAAACUGGAGCCGGAACACCACGGCGUAGAGGGAGGAAACAAGCACCAUUAUCAUCUGCUGUUUCAGAUGCUUUUCUCAGUCAGUUUUCCAUAUCAGAUCAAGUCUCGAAGAAUAAAUCUGAGGAAUCAGGAAGUAAAGCCAUUGUCCUGACAAGUAACCAAAAGAGUUAUGAUUGUGAACCUAGAGAUGUUAACCAGGAGCAAGCAACCAGAGUAGCUGGUCAGGAUAAAAAAUCAGCAGAACAUUUGGAUGAUGCAACCCGAAAUCAGCAGCCACUCUGCUCAUCAACGUCAAAUGAUGGUGUUGCGAGACCCAUGGGCUCAUCUCCUGGACAAAUUCUAUGUGCUGAUAUGCAUGAUGUGGCUGCUGUUGCAAAGGAAUUAUCAGCUGAAAAUAGCUCUCCAAAAGCUAAUUUUGGUGAACAAGGUAAUGAUGGUGGGGUUGCCCAAAAUGUACCUGUAUUAAGUAAAACAUUUAUGGAGGUGGCUCAAAGCCAAAGCUCUGAAGACAAAGUAUCCUCUGUUGUUGGCCAUCCAACUGAGUCAUCUCCAAGUUCUGCUGCUGUAGAAGCUAUUGGAAAAUCUGUUCAUGAGGUUGCUGUAAAGAUUGCUUCCGAUUCUCAGCCUACUGCAUCUUAUCCUUCUCUCUCUCCAGCCUCACAAUCUAUCCCUUCCGAAUCCAUGCUUGUUAAAAGGCAAGGUCGAAAGGCUCCAAAUAGAGCAGAAACACCUAGGCGUAGGGGAAGGAAGCAGGGUCCAGUUUCACCUGCUGCUGAUGCUUUGGUUGUUCAGGAUCAGAAAGUGAAUCCACAAUCACAGAAUAAAUCAAGGGAUUCAUCAGGGAGUAAGGUGAUGAACUUGAGAAGUAAACAAGAGGGUGAUCUUAAUGAACCCGCAAAUAUCACUCAGGAGGCACAUUUAUCCAGUGGUUUAGUUGGCCUAGAUCCAAAAAGAAAAGAGACUAGUGGAAUUCCUGGUUUUGACCGAAUUCAGACUGCUGCUAUUACUGAUGUUGCUCGUGUGAUGAAGGAGAUUUUCUCUGAAACUUGCUCAUCAAAAAAUAAAAUGGGAGAGUCUUCUAGGAUUGAAUGUAAAAAUGCCCCAAUUGUACCUGUAGUAAGACAGACUCCUAUGGAGGUUCCAAAAAGCCAAAGCGCAGAGGAAAAAAUCCUGUCAACUGUGCCAACUUCGGAUGCUGAAACUACGGUUUUGGGGAUUUCAGUUGACAGUUGUAGACAGUCUGACCCUGGAGUUGGUGUCAUGGUGGAAGAGGGCCAUGCACCUGCUUUGGGUAAGCCAAAACUUACAGAAAAUGUAGUAGAUUCAGGACAGGUUUCUCAGAAAAACUCGAUUGCAGGUGUCAAUAAGGAGGUCGCUUGUACUGUUCCAGUUAGCAUUGGUGAAAAGGAGAUUGUUUCAUCUUCUAGACCUGCUCCUCAUGAACUCCCUGGUCCUAGUCCAGUGUCCUCUGGGAAUGAGGUUGAUUCAACACUUUCAUCUCAAGGCCCGGAAGAGCCUUCUGGGAUGACACAGGAUGAAUUAGGAAAUGAAAAAGUUCCAUCUUCAAAUGAGCUACCAAAAUCUUCUCCCUUUGAUGUUGGCAGCCUUGAGCAUCCCAAGAUUUCGGUGGGGGCUGCUGAUGAUGGUAAUUUUUCCACAGCGACUCUAUCUUCUCCAAUGGAGAUUUGUGAUAACAAUUCAAUGAAGAAAACAGAGGUUUCAGCAAAAGCACCACUUCCUUGUGUAAUUGGCAUAGAAAGCCCAACAAUUUCUGCAAAUCCUGAUGGUGUGAGUUUUGAUUCUGGUGUAAGUACACAAAUGCUUCCUAGUCCUGUUACAGAUUCUGUUUCCAGAAGAAUUCCUGUUUUGGCCAAGACUUCGUCUGGAAACAUUAUUGAGCCUUCUUCACAAGAGUCACUAGAUGCCAGAAGCAUUCAGGGUUCGACAAGUUGUGUAAAGCCUAGUGGUGUUGGUGGUCAUCCUUCAGAGUCUGGAUCAGUUUCAGCGAGUUCCUGCCAUUCAGACAAUGUGCAAUUGCCUGUCAUAACUCUAAAUGAUUCUAAAGAUGAAAUACAGCCUUCUUCAAAAGAGUCUCCAGAACCUGGUGCUCAGCUGCCUUCUAAAGAAUCUCCAGAACUUUGUGCUCUUGGUAUUAAAAGCUCUUCAACUUCUGGAACACCUAAUGCUUUGGGUGAUCAUCCUCCAGUACCUAGGUCUAUUUCUGGAAAUCAAGAUAAUUUAAGUAAUGUUGAGGUUGAAGGUAUUUCUGACAGGUCUGACAUACAUGCUACGGCAGACAAAGCUGCGGUUUUCAUAGGUGAAACUGGUGUUGAAUUUCCAGAAGCUUCCAAGAAGACCAACAAUCUUGGAGCUGAUCUCCUGCAUGGUGUUGUAACUACUGGUUGUAAUACUGAUACUUUUUGCAAGGCUUUCACUGACCAUGAUAAAUCUGAAGAUCUAUCCAUCCAGAUUAAAGAUAAAAGGGAUCCUUUGUCAGAACCUUCGCAGUCAGUCACUUCUGAGUGUAAUUAUGUGGAGGUUAUUGCACAAGAUCAUGGUGUGAUGCAACUACCGCUAGCUGUUAAAAGUAGUGAGGGUGAUCAUGUAGAGGUUUGCAAUAUGGAAGUAGAUCCCUCAAAAAUACAAGAGCUGCCUCCAAAAGAUUUUGUUACGACAUCUUCCAGCGUACAAGGUGUUUCAGAAGGCACUAGUGGAAUGCAACUGCCUCGUGGAAGCACCGAGGGUGGUCGCCUUGAGGUUAGUAAUGUGGAAGAGCAAAUAUCUUUGCCAGAAUUUACUGUUUCUGAAUCUGCAGAUGUAGGGAAAGAUAAUAGUGGAGCUGAGGUACAGCCAGAGGUUGGAAGUAGUAAGGGUGAAUGUGUAGCUGGUUGCAAUGCAGAAGCAAACUUGUCUGAAGCACUUGCAUCAUUGCCAAAUGAUAUUGCCGCCAAAUCUACCGAUGCAGAGGACAUUCAUCAAAUGGAGGUUUUGCAGUUUGACAGGGUUGUACUGCAAAAUAUUUCUGAAAGUACUCUUCCUUCAUCUUACCUGGUGGUAGAGGAAGAGAAAGUAGAUGACAAACGUGAGAAGAGCUCACUAGCAGAGGGGGAAACACGAGGAUCUGAAGCAAAAAUGGUUAAUGAGGGGGAUGUCUCUCGAGUUGGUGGGAUUUUUCCUGGAGAUGUACUAGAAAAUAUGGUUUUAUCUUCUUCUCCAUUGACAAUGGAGGAAGAAAAGAGCAAAGUAUUCUUUGAGCAGGGUUUAUCUGGCAACGCAAUAACACCAGAAGAAUCAAAAAGUUCUGAAACCGAAAUUAUUCAUCAAAUGGAUGUAUCCCAUGAUAUUGUUGAGCAACUGAUUACACCACCAAAUUUCAUUUUAUCUUCGGCUUCCUUGGCUAGUGAAGAGGAAAAGAUGAAAAGCAUAUGUGAGAAGGGUCUAGUUCUCAGCCCAGUACUAGAGGAAUUAAAAGGAUCUGAAGCUGAAAAUUGUUAUCAAAUGGGUGUAUCUGAGGUUGGUUCAAGUGUGCCUGAAUAUACAUCGGCAAAAAUGAAUGUUCCAUCAUCUUCUUUGGCAAUGGAGGAAGACAAGGCUGAUGACUUAUCUGACAAGGGUCUAUUUUGCAGCUUAGUAGUACCAGCAGAAUCAAAAGGAUCUGAUAUUGAAAAGAACAAUGAAAUAAAUGUUUCUCAGGUUGGUGAGGUUGUGCCUGAAAAUAUAUCAGCAAAUAUGGUUUUGUCUUUGUCUUCCUGUGCCCCAGAGGGUGACAAAAUUGAAGGCUUAUCUGAAAUGAACAAAAGUGGCAGCUCGGCAGCUGGGGAACCAAAAGGAUCUGAAACUGAGAAAAGCAAUGCCCUGGAGGAUGACAAAUGCGAAGGCUUAACUGAGAUGAACAGAAGUAGCAUAUCUGCAGCUGAGGAACCAAAACUAUCUGAAACUGAGAAAAGCAAUGCUCUGGAGGAUGACAAUUGCGAAGGCUUAUCUGAGAUGAACAAAAGUAGCAGCUCAGCAGCAGAGGAAUGUGAAGGCUUAUCUGAGAUGAACAAAAGUAGCAGCUCAGCAGCAGAGGAACAAGGAUCUGAAACUGAGAUAGGCAAUGCCCUGGAGGAUGACAAAAGCAAAGGCUUAUCUGAGAUGAAUAAAAGUGGCGGCUCAGCACCAGAGGAAGCAAAAGGAUCUGAAACUGAGAAAAGCGAAGAAAUGGUUGUAUCCCAAGUUGUUGGUAUUGUGUCUAAAACUGCAUUGGAUAGUGAUGGUCUGCCUACAACUUUGUCAGUGACGGAGGAUGAUAAGAUUGAAGGUGUUUCUGAGAAGAGCACUCAUAGCAUGUUGGGAGCAGUGGGUGAAUCUAGGUCUGAAAUAGAAGACAAUCAUCCGUUGGCUGAAUCUCAGGUUGAUAUGAUAGGGCCCGAAUCUUCUCAGGUUGAUGGGAUAGAGCCAGAAGAUUCCCAGGUUGGUGGUAUUGUGCCUGAUGAUAAAUCCGGAAACGUCAUCAUACCUACAUUGUCUAUAUCAAUGAUGCAUGAAGAGGAUAUUGAGGAUACUCCAUGCAAGGUUCCAGAGGGAUCAAAAAUGUCUGAAUCUGAAAUAGAUGGACAAACAAAGCAUGGUGGGAUGGCUGAAAAGUUAGACCUGCCUUAUUCUCUAGUGACAGAGGGGGCAGGAGUACCCUUCUCAUCUGAGAAGGGUACAGUCGACAGCUUAAUAGCAUCCAUGGAUUCAAAAGGAUCUGAAAUUGAAGUGGGUGAUCAAGUAUCUCAUUCUGAGGAUGGUGGAAGUGUGCCAGAGAAAGUAUCUGCGGAUAUGGGCUUGCCUUCAUCUUCAUUAGUGAUACUGGAUGAUAAGACUGAGGAACCAUCUGGAAAAGAUACAGUUGGCACCUCAGUAGCUCGGGAGAAAUCACAAGAAUCUCUAGCUGAUUUUUGCCGUGAUUGCAGCCAUUACGAAGCACCUUUUUAGUGCAGGACAGGAUUCCCAAGGCAUCGAUUCAAUCUGGAUUGACUUGGGAUAUGAAGAAACUUGUUAUAUUGAAAUUUGGAUACGUGUAUGUAUGAAUUUAAUCUACUCAAUGUUGUUAUUUCCAUCCUUUUGCAGACUUAAAGAACCUGUAUGGUGCUUGUGAUAUUUCUAAUAUGGCAAAGAAGUUUGGGCAGCGAAGAUGGUGUUAACCUGGAAUGGUUUAUACUGUUUGAACACAUGAGGGGAGUCUGAGAAACUAAAAUCUUCACAUUUGACCACAAGAAUUUUGGUUUGCCCGGCAUCCAUGCAAGCAUGGCUCGUCUAUAUUUUUCUUUGAUGUGUGUAUAUGUAUUCCUUUUUCUCUCUUAACUAUUAACAUCAAUACAUCGAGUUGAAUUGGCCUCCUCUAACUGCAUAGGCGGAUGGAGUUGUGUUUUUAGCCAUUGCAUUGAGCAAGAUCACGAUCUUCAUCUUCUAUUGAAAUGAGACAGACAGAUGGUGAGUUUUCAGUCAUCUUUAAUUUUCAUGUCAUCUCUUCUAACUUUGUGGUUCUAUGUUACUGUUUUAACUAUUGCUCCCGUUUCUCUUUCUAGCUCUUGGUUUCGUUUGUUUUUAAAAAUAGAUCUUGUUAUCAUCGACUUCUCUAUACAACACUCUGAUAAAUGUUUUGAUUAUCUUUAAUUCAUUAUUUUGAGUUGGAUUUAAA